UUUGAUUGAUUUAUUGUGUGAUUGUUGGGGCAUCCACUGAUAGUACUGACUGGCAAACAUUAUUUAUUUGUUAAAUAUUUAGUGUGGUAGUUAGGUGGUUGGAAAUGUUUGAAGAUUUAAAAGACGAAUUCGUCAAUAAAAAGGACAAUGGCCGACCGACAAUACGGAAUCACACGUCCACAGCCCUGGCUGAAUAUUUUGGCACUGCAUUGCUCGUAUUCCUGUCAUGUAUGGGAUCCUGCUUAGGCAUUCAGGGAAACAUUUCGUCGAUGCAUAGCAGCUUAACCGCUGGAUUAGCUGUUACUAUUGCUAUCCAGACUUUUGGACAUAUAUCUGGAGCUCAUAUCAAUCCGGCUGUAUCGAUUAGUGCCCUUAUAGUAAAGCAAAUUGAAUGGAUACAGUUGCCUCUGUACGGAAUUGCUCAACUUUUGGGUUCCUUAUCAGGGGCGGGUCUAUUUGCAGCCGUAACGAAUAACGAUCUGAUCCCAGACGGUAUGGGCCAGUCUUGCGUAAACAAAAUAAACGAAAACAUCUCGAUAUAUCAAGGCAUAUUAACCGAAUUUCUAUUAAGUUUGAUUAUGAAUUUGGCAAUUUGCUCGUCCUGGGAUCCGAGAAAUAAUGACAAGCAAGACUCUGUGCCGCUUAAAAUAGGGUUGCUGGUGGCAGCCCUUAAUUUUGCUGGGGGUGUAUAUACGGGGGCUAGCAUGAAUCCAGCAAGAAGUUUUGGACCAGCGGUUGUUAGUAAUAAUUUCGCCAACCAUUGGGUUUAUUGGUUAGGGCCCACCCUUGGAGCUGUGACAGCCGCAAUAAUAUACAGGGUGUUUUUUACAAGAAAUAAAGACAAUUCUUAGAAAA